AUGGAAGAAGCAACUGUGUCUCUGAAAAAAGAACGUCAUUUCCCAAUACUUGAUUUGACUGAUCAAUCAAUUCUCAACACAGUGACCCAACCAGUGUUGGUAGUUCAGUCCCCAAAAACACCAACACUUUCAAAAAAGUUGAAAGCAGUGAGCCUAGACUCUGAUACUCCUGCUGAAAGCUCGAAUUUAGAUAUCUCCAGAGAUGUUUUUUCCAUGCCAAACACCCCAAAGAGGCAGAUCAAACCCAGGCUCUCAUGUGAUUUUGAUGAUGACCAUAACAAAUUCACACUAGCUCCUAGUUUCAAUACAAACCUGAAGAAAUUUGCCUCCAACACAAGCAUUUCAGGAUCACAAACUCUGAAAACUCUACCUGAAAUCAUGACUUUGCAAGACUUUUCUGAUGGUCCCAUUGUAGCUCCCUUGAAAUUGAAAGCAAAGGGUUUGCUGGAACGUAGGGGGUCUAAUGCCAGCUUGACAAUUGAUUUAGGCUCAAAUUCCAGUAUUGUGGAACCUAAAACAACAUUCACCAGGCUCAACACAGCAAAGAGUGUUUCAAAUUUGACUCUCUCUGCUUUUGAUGUCCCAGAAAAGUCCUGUUACUGCAUCAAAAAGUGCGAGGCUCAAGCCAAGGCUACGGAGCGCAGAAAGUCCCAAGAAACCUGUGGGAACUGUACCAUAUAUGAGUCUGUCCCUAUAAAAAUGAGCAGCUGCAAGACGAAAUGCCAGGUUUUGAACAGGUGCAGUUGCUGUGUGAAAUCUCGCAGGAAGUCGUUGUCCAAUGAGAAUUUGUAUGUGCCCCCUUGUGGGUUCUGCCAGACUGGAGCACCGAAGGACUGCUACAGCAAUUCAAAGCAGUGCAAAGGGUACAGGAAAGCGUGUUAUCCUAGACAACCUGACUUGGAGUCUUCUCAACUGCUCUCUGAUGACUUCAAGCUGCAUUUGCAGAAUAUCCAGUAUUUGCAGACAGCUGGGAAUGUUUUGUCUAUUGCCGAUUUGAAGCAGUCCUGUGAGGUUUCGAGAGUCCCUAAACUCCAUCAGGAAUUCUGGGAGGUGCCACUCAAUCUCCAAGAGAAAUGUUACGUGUCCGGCAGUCAGAGCCGGAAUAGGUACAGAGGAGUGUUGCCCAAUGAACACAGUCGAGUCCAUCUAGCUGGAUCGCAGCCUUACAUCCACGCCAACUAUAUAAAAGGCCCAGAUUAUACUGAAACGGCUUAUAUAGCUACCCAAGGACCAAUGAGUCACACUUGCCAAGAUUUUUGGGAAAUGGUGUGGAAUACAAACUCUAAAUGUAUAGUGAUGUUGACGAAUCUCGUAGAAAAAGGUAGAAGCAAGUGUGAACUGUAUUUCCCUCUCGGCAAAAUGGCAAAUUCAAGUGACAAGUCCUUUUUCUACGUGAAAACCACAAAGGUGCGGGACAAGUUCACCUUCGACCGAAGCAAUACCCAACAGUACGACGAAGAAACGCACGCUUUCGAGGCACUCGAUGACAUCUCGUUCGGCAACUACAAAAUAACUUUCAUCGACAAAGACUCGAUAGGUGAAUGCCAGCUGAGGCGAUUGGCACUGAGGAAAACCGACGAAGCCACAGAAAGCAGAACAAUCCACCAUUAUUGGUUCCUCAGCUGGCCCGACCACAAGAUGGCCAGCCCCGAACAAGUCCUAGACAUAGCCUCGGACGUCUUGAACAAAAUGGAGGCGAACAAGAUGGAGGCUAGCAAAAAUUGUGACAAUAACGCCGAAUCUCUUUCUAUUAGUACAAAAAGGAAAACUGAUCUCAACAGACUGCGUACGAUCAAAAAGCCUCAGGAACGCAAAAAAUCUUGUGAAAACGUCAAACGACCUGUUAUUGUUCAUUGCAGCGCUGGUAUCGGACGUACAGGGUGUUUCUUGGGUAUCUUGAACGGUAUCCAGCAGUUGAAAUGUAGUAAAAACGUCGACGUUCUGGCCAUUUUGUGUUCGUUGAGGUUAAACAGGGGCGGAAUGGUGCAAACCGCGGAACAGUACGAACUUAUACACAGGGUGUUGAGCUUGUAUGCCGAAGGUUUGAAGUAG